AGGCGAUGCUGGCAGCAGGGCGUCGCGUUGCCUGCGCCGUUUCCGGAGGGGUGGACAGUGCCGUGGCAGCGCUUCUGCUGCGCCGCCGAGGCUAUCAAGUGAUAGGCGUUUUUAUGAAGAACUGGGACCCGCUGGAUGAGCAAGGAGCUUGUUCCAUUGACAGAGAUUGUGAAGAUGCUUACCGGGUUUGUCAGAAACUAGAUAUUCCUUUUCACCAGGUUUCCUACGUGAAGGAAUACUGGAAUGAAGUAUUCAGUGACCUCUUAAAGGAGUAUGAAUUGGGAAGGACUCCUAAUCCUGAUAUUGUGUGUAACAAGCAUAUCAAAUUCAACUACUUUCUUCAUUAUGCUAUGGAUAACCUUGGAGCAGAUGCAAUUGCUACUGGGCAUUAUGCUAGGACCUCACUAGAGGAUGAGGAAGUGUUUCAACAGAAACAUACUAAAAGACCACAGAGGCUUUUCAGAAACCGUUUUGAAGUUAGAAAUACUGUGAAACUCCUUCAAGGGGCUGAUCUCUUUAAAGACCAGACCUUCUUUCUGAGCCAGAUCUCACAAGAUGCUUUGAGGAAAACCAUUUUCCCUUUAGGGGAUUUAACAAAAAGUUAUGUAAAGAAGAUAGCAGCAGAACAUGGCCUUCAUCAUGUGCUAAAGAAAAAAGAGAGUAUGGGAGUCUGUUUCAUUGGUGAAAGAAACUUUGAAAAUUUCCUUCUUGAGUAUUUAGAACCUCAACCGGGUAACUUUGUUUCCAUUGAAGAUAAGAAGGUGAUGGGAACACACAAAGGUUGGUUCCUCUAUACAAUAGGCCAGAGGGCUAGACUAGCAGGCCUGAAGGACGCUUGGUUCGUUGUAGACAAAGAUGUCAGCACUGGAGAUAUCUUUGUGGCACCAACAACAGAUCACCCUGCCCUGUACAGAGACUUACUGCGGACAAACAGAGUGCACUGGAUAGCAGAGGAACCUCCUGCAGAGCUUGUUAGAGAGAAAAUGAUGGAAUGUCAUUUCAGAUUUCAGCACCAGAUGGCACUAGUGCCUUGUGUUCUGACUCUAAACCAAGAUGGGAGUGUGUGGGUGACACUAGUGAAGCCAGCGAGAGCUAUCGCUCCUGGGCAGUUUGCCGUGUUCUACAAGGGUCAUGAGUGCUUGGGCAGUGGGAAGAUCCUAAGGAUAGGCCCUUCGGUGUACACCAUGCAACAGGGGAAAAACAGAGAUGAAAGCCCAAAGAAGGAGGAGAUUGACAAGACAGAACCAGCAACAUAACACAUGGGUUUGUCUGUUGAAGGACUUUGAAGAAUUUUUCUGCCUGAGAAUAAUAAAAUCAAUAAACCCCAUAUUUUCCUGUUGAUCUGUGUGUUCUAAAGGCCAGCUGACUGUUGAGUCCCAGCUCUUGACUGUUAGCACUGAACAUGUUUCAAACUAAAACCAGUGUGGAAAAUUUUACUGGACUGGAUGGUGAAAUUUAUAUUUAUGCAUAUCGAGGGAUGUCUUAAAGUAGAUCUGUAAUAGUAGUUACACAUACAAGAGUUUUACCAUAAAAAUCACAUCUGAAGUCGUAAUUCUGUCUUUUAUGCACAAAAGAAAUAUUUAUUGUUUUCUUGAAGAUACCUGUCCCUAGGUAAAGGACAUUUGUGGUUGUACAGUAGAUGUAUCUUAGUGCUUUGAACUGUGGGAAAAGAAUUGAUGAUAAAUAUCAUUAGUUCAGCAUUUGAAUGAUCAGAUGCUUUUCAUUUUACAUAGUUUUAUAAGAAAUGCUUUAGAUUCUUAAGCUGUAUUCAGUAGUGGUUCAGAUGUUGACAUAAUUCAGAAUUUCAAAUCCAGGGGCAUAAAACCAGUCCUGAUUGUUACAUUU